CGCGUGUGUUCCUCCGCGCUCCGGGACUGCGACGCCCACGCGACCGACGCGCGCGCUCAGCUGCCGGUUCACUGCUGGAAGAUCUGAUGAGUGCAGAGCAGACAUGGGCUCGUUUGGAGAGAUGCUGUGGAUUUUACACUCGGUGGGAAUUUAUGCCCAAAUCAGCGCGAAUUUGGCGGUGGACAACCACGUAUCUGGAAACGCUCUUUUCACCGAGGUUCCUCGUGACGUGGUGUCUCAGCCUGGAGAUGAUGUGGAGAUGUCGUGCUCCUUCAGAGGAUCUUCUUCAUCCUCCUCCUCUCUGGAGAUCCAGUGGUGGUACACCAGACACAGCAGAGACUGGGCGGAGCCACACGCGUCCACAGCCAAUCAGGUGAUUCCACUGGAAAACACACCAAUGGGGGCGAAUAAAAUAAGUGUGGUAAAAGUGGUCGGCAGCAACAUCUCACAUAAACUCCGUCUAUCUAGCGUCAAACGAUCCGACGAGGGGACGUACGAGUGUCGAGUCAUUGACUUCAGUGAAAGCCAAACCCAGCGGUACAGAGUUCAGGCGUAUCUGCAGGUGCAACAGAAGAUUCAUAUCAAUGAGCAGAAAGAAGAAGAGAAGACAUCAGGGAUCCAGCAUGAGGAAGACGCGGCCCGUCGGGUUCAUCAUCAACCGCACGAGAGGAACAAGACCAGAGCGGGAAACAAACACCCGUCAGAGACACAGUGACUGUCCUGUUGAAAACUGCACACUAUAUCGAACGAGGACAGUCCUGGAUUUCAUAUCCGAAAUCCUUUUCCUUGUGGGGACAUUUUUGGUCCCCAUGAGGAAAACAGCUUAUAAAACAUACUAGUGUUUUUUUUUUUUUUUUUUAAUGUCAAAAUGCAGAAAGUUGUGUGUGAUCAUGGGUAGGUUUCGGGUCGGUUUAGUGAAUGGGGAGAGAAUAUACAGUUUGUACAGUAUAGAAAUCAUUGUGUCUAUAGAGAGUCCCCAUAAAACAUGAAAACUCAACAUGUGUGUGUUUUAUAAUAGAGCUGUUUCUAAAUGCGCUUUUACAUGAAUGUUCGACAGAUGUAGCCUACUGCAGUUUUCUAAUGUUGAAGUGAUUUUAAUGAUGCAUCUUCUGUACUUAGUUCUGCUUUAAUGUUACUUAUGGAAUUACAUGUUUGAGGAAUUUCUGAAGACAUCAAUUUAACCUAUUAAAAGGAAUUACGUAAUCCUCAA